GUGGAAGAAUAUGCUAUGGAUUAGGUACCUAAACGUAAAGCUUAUCAAAGAUCAGUUAGAAGCUCAUUUUCAGACAGGAGGCAUAAUAUCUGAAGGAAAAUGAGGCGAUCUAGUGCUCCCUCCAAACUAGGUGAAAAGUUUUACCCUCCAACUGCUCCCCAUGGAUCAAAGCAAGUUACAGCACCAGUAGAAAAUGCGGCAAGGACAACUGAUAGCAUUUUGGGCCUCAUUGCUAAAAUUAAACAAACUGGAGAUUUAGGCCAACCCUUAAAGGAAGAGUCUCCAGAGCUACAUAGCCAUCUUGAAGAAUCAUCACCAGUUCUCCACGAACAAGUCACAAACAUAGAGAAACCAAAGGCUACAAUUGACAAGAGGAUAUUCAAUGUUGUUUAUGGAAAACCGUCUAAAAAGAAACACAAAACGUGGGAAGGAGAUGGAGUACUGGAAGUCGGGGAAAAAUCCUUAACUCUUAAGGAUUGUGAAGGAAACAUUAUUGGCAGGGGAAGUGGAAAGAAAAACUCUGAAUUAGAAGAAGGAUCUCGCCUUUUUGUUGGAAAUAAAGAGAUUGAAAUAAUAGAUGCGGUUUCAUCGCCAGGUGAGUUACCUACAAAACGUCCGUCCAGUUCCCCACCAAAUCCUGUGCGAAAAAAGGCCAAGAAAGCCCCAUCACACCCCGCAUUGACGUUCACCACACGGUCUGCCCCCGCCCCUCACCACCUGCAGGACUACCAACCGUUGACCAUGCCACAGCCGGAUCUGGACCAUCAGUGGCAGUUCAACAAGAAUGGUGCGCCAGUGAAUGUAGUGUCAGUAGACCCUAGUCUGGCGCGGGUGUUGCGGCCUCACCAGAGGGAAGGGGUAACGUUUCUGUACCGUUGCAUCACUGGCCUCCGCGACCCUAGCCAUCAGGGAGCCAUCCUGGCUGACGAGAUGGGACUAGGGAAGACAUUGCAGACCAUCACACUCAUCUGGACGCUACUUCGCCAACCACUGUACGGCCGAGAGCCAUUGCUCAAGAAAGUAUUGAUUGUUACUCCGUCCAGUCUCGCUCGUAAUUGGAAUCAAGAGUUUCAUCGAUGGCUUGGACAUUACCGCAUUCAUGUAUUCACUGUUGAUCAGAAGAACAAGCCAAAAGACUUUGUGCAUGUGCCUAACGUUCCUGUGAUGAUCAUUUCAUAUGAGAUGUUUGUCCGCUAUUUCGAUGACAUUACCCAAGUGUUAUUCGACCUUGUGGUCUGCGAUGAGGGUCAUCGGCUCAAAAACAACUCAGUGAAAGCUUACACGUUACUGAGCCAGCUGCCUUGCAAGCGGAGGAUUCUACUCACAGGAACACCCAUCCAAAAUGACUUACAGGAGUUUUACGCUCUGAUCAGCCUCGUUAAUCCUGACAUUCUAGGGUCAUACGCAGAGUUCCGCAAGACCUAUGAAGAGAGUAUUGUUGCGUCUAGAAACCUCAAAGUGUCGCAGCAAAUGUGGAAGGAGGGGGAAAGUCGUGCUGAGCAGCUCGCCAAUCGUACGGCUGGGUUCAUACUGCGUCGCACACAUGCAAUACUAGACAAGUACCUGCCUGGCAAACAUGAGGUCGUCGUAUUCUGCAAACCAUCAGAUAUCCAGCUGGAGUUGUUCCGAGCAGCCAUCUCGUGCUGGGAGGGGGAGGAGGGGGAGCAGCGAUCAGUGAGUCACCUGGCCGUCAUCACAGCCCUCAAGAAGAUCAGCAGUCACCCUGUGCUGCUACGGGACAAUGAGUGUGACAAAGAGAAUGAUGAGUUAUCAGAGCUGUUGACUGCUGAACUGUCUCACCUCACGGGAGACCAAGUGAUGAUUGAAGAUGCAAGUAAACUCAGCGUAGUCAAAGCGUUGCUGCACACCAUUGAAAAGAACAAUGAAAAAAUUGUCCUCGUCUCCUACUUUACACAGACGCUGGAUCUACUACAGGCCCUCUGUGAUCAGUAUGGCUUCCAACACUGCCGCCUGGAUGGAAACACACCUUCAUCUCGUAGAGUGGACAUCGUCAACAACUUUAACUCAAAACAUUCUCAAAAUAGAGUGUUUCUACUAAGCGCUAAGGCGGGUGGAGUGGGCCUCAACCUGGUAGGCGCGUCACGACUAGUUCUGUUUGACCCGGACUGGAACCCAGCCUCUGAUCUGCAAGCUAUGGCCCGAGUGUGGAGGGAUGGACAACGUUCUACUGUACAUAUCUACCGACUCUUAACUACUGGCAGCAUAGAAGAGAAGAUAUUUCAAAGGCAGUUGAAGAAAGCUGGCUUGAAUGAAGCUGUUGUGGACUUUAAUCAUACAAGUGAUGUAAGGCUUUCUGAAGAAGAGUUAAAGGACCUGUUCACAUUAGAAGAGGAGGUAGACUGUUUGACUCAUGGUAUGCUGGGGUGUGAGUGUGCUGGGGAGGGGGAGGUACCUCAGCCUGUAGUACCUCAGUCCGACACACGACAGUGUCAGCUGAUACCCCAGCCUGGACAAUCCCUCCGCAGCAAUCAGCUGUUCCAGUGGCAGCACUAUCGCCAACCGCUUCCCCUCCACAUGUUGACGGAAAUGGGACUUGAAGAAGCUGGGGAGUUCAUAACGUUUGCAUUUCGAAAUGUUGUUGAAGCUGCAUCUCCUGUAUCUAGUUAAUGACAUUAGUAUUACUAAUUACAUCAAUUUUUCAAAUGAUUUAGACAUUUUCAAUAGUUUUAUGGAACAACUUCCUAAUCAUGUAAAUAAAUCAAUAAAUCUCCUGCCUUUGUUAUGUAGUUUUUAAAUGGGGAUUCAACCUUUUAUUAAACCUUAAGUUAUAACUUCCUUAUUUAACUUUCUAAUUGUGUAAAUAAAUAAUGUUCUCACUUUUUUGUGUUGAUUUGAAAUUGUGAUUCGUCUUUUCGUUUUACUUUGCUAUAAACUUUCUAAUUUUCUUAAUGUUUUAUUUUAAGUAAUGAUUCAGCGUUGUUAUAAUCAUUGUCAGAAAUUGUGUGGUUAUUAAAAUGAAAAUGCUCCUACUUUUGUUAUUUUAAUUGUCAGAAG